AUGGCGACGUUCGCUUCACUGGGGUUCCUGCUUGCUGCCCUCUCUUUAGCGAGCUGCGUCCCUGUGCCGCAGGCAUCCACCCGCAGCAAGCUCCUCCUCGUGUCCUUCGACGGCUUUCGGUGGGACUACGACCAGGACGUGGACACCCCCAACCUGGACGCGAUGGCUGCGGAGGGGGUGAAGGCGCGGUACAUGACUCCUGCCUUCAUCACCAUCACCAGCCCGUGCCACUUCACGCUGCUGACCGGGAGGUACCUGGAGAACCACGGGGUGAUUCACAACAUGUGGUUCAACACCAGCACGGGUCUGAAGCUGCCCUACUAUUUCACGCAAGCCGUGGACAGCUGGUGGGACAACGGCAGCCUGCCCAUCUGGAUCACGGCGCAGAGACAGGGCUUAAAGACAGGCUCCAUCUAUUUCCCCGGCGGAAGAGCAACAUAUCAAGGAGAAGAAGUGAAUAUGAAGCUGGUGGAGCCCUUCUUGUUCAACUACAGCAACGAAACCAACUGGAGAGAGAACAUCAACACCGCCAUGGAAUGGUUCACGGUGAACAACCUGGACUUCAUCACCCUGUACUUCGGUGAGCCAGACUCAACGGGACACAAGUACGGCCCCGAAUCCACGCAGAGGAAGAGCAUGAUUGAGCAGGUGGACAGAACCGUUGGUUACCUGCGGCAGCGCAUCCAGGAAAGCGGACUGGAAUCAACCCUCAACCUCAUCAUCACGUCCGACCAUGGCAUGGAGACUGUCAUAAAGACCGACGAGAUUCACAUCCGGACCGUAGAGAACUUCACGUUCAGUGACAUCCAGUUUGAACUCUUAGAUUACGGACCAAACGGACUACUGUUGCCAAAAGAAGGAAGAUUAGAGCACGUGUAUUCAGUCCUGAAAAAUGCCCACCCAAAGCUACACGUGUACAAGAAAGAAGACUUUCCAAAGAGGUUCCACUACGCCAACCACUCCCGGAUCACCCCGCUCCUGUUGUACAGCGACCCAGGCUACGUGAUCCAUGGG